AUGUUGGGAGCUUCAGAACACAAUGCAGUAAGAAGACUUCGAUCGAUCGAACGGAGAUUUGGAAAAGAUCCGAUAUUCCACCAACGAUACCUGGAGUUCAUGAAAGACUACGAGAGCAUGGGACACAUGGAACUACUCCCGAAGAACAGUGACGAUCAAGCUGUCGCUAACUAUUUACCACAUCAUGGGGUCACGAGGGAGGAGAGCUCGACCACGAAACUUCGAGUAGUGUUUGAUGCUUUCUGUCAAACAUCAUCAGAAAGGUCGUUGAACGAUCUGUUGAGAGUUGGAGCUAAUCUACAACAAGAACUUAUGAACAUCUUACUAAGGUUCAGGCAACACAACUACGUUAUCAUCGCAAACAUAUCUAAGAUGUUCCGUCAAAUCAGAAUUAGGAAAAAGGAUAGAGUUUUGGUACUCCUAUGGGUUCGCCUCUGUCACCUAUUAUUUCUGACAUGGUACUACAGGAUCUAG